ACACACUAUACUAGUGAGCAAAUAAAGCCACCGAUGUCAUCACUCCUGUUGCGAGUGCUGCUCAUCCAGCUUGCAGCAGUGGAGUGCCUCUCCGCCGCGAUUCCAGGCUGCCUAACGCAAUGUGGAGGCGUAGAGAUACCCUAUCCAUUCGGCGUCGGCACCAACUGCUCCCGCAAAGGGUUCCGGAUCAAGUGCAUCAACGGCAGCGCGGGCGAGGAGAUUCCAGUGCUGCUACCUACUACGCGCUACCAGAACAUCCGGGUGCUGAACCUGUCCGUGUCGCCGUUGCCGGAGGCUCGAGUGCUUCUUCCGGUGGCAUGGCAGUGCUUCAACGCCACCGGGGGCGUCACUGGGAUCUACUCGGGAGAUGUGGACUUCAACCCAGAGGGCGUAUACCGCAUCUCCAACACACAGAACGAGCUCUUCGUCCUCGGCUGCGACACCUAUGCGUUCACCAAAGGCGUGAGGGUGCACAACGUUAACGCACGCUUCCCUUACAGAUACUUCACGGGGUGUAUCACCGUCAGUGUAGACGACAAGGACCCGCGCGACGGUGCCUGCGCGGGCCUCGGCUGCUGCCGCGUCGACAUCCCGCCAGGCAUCACGGACACCAGCAUGACCUUCUCGUCUACCUGGACGCGUGCCAACCAGACCUUCUGCCCCUGCGACUACGCCUUCAUCGUGGAGAAGGGCAACUACACCUUCAAGGCAUCCGACCUUGUGUCGCACACACCCGACAACCGUCUGCCUUUGGACUGGUGGACCAUGCCACUGCGUCUCGACUGGGCCAUCCGCGACAACAACGGCGACUCCAUGACUUCCAUCUCCUGCGCCCAGGCACCCAACGAACCUGACUAUGGCUGCCGCAGCAAGCAUAGCGAGUGCACUAAUUCAACCAAUGGCCCUGGCUACUUCUGCAAGUGUGCCCAUGGCUACGACGGAAACCCCUAUGUCCAGAGUGAUGGUGAAUGCACGAAUAUCAACGAGUGCCAAGAUCCAAAGUCACAUAAUUGUUCAAGUGGCAGCAAAUGCAUUGACACAGACGGAGGCUAUUAUUGUCAAUGCAAUUUCUUCCGAAGAGGGCAGCAAUGUGAUCCCUUAAUUCCUAUGGCUGCCGUUGCACUGUUAACAACAUUUGCUGCCGUCGUCCUUGGAUGUGUCGCAAUUGUUUUGCUUCAGACUCUAAACAACAGGAAAAGAUUCAACAGAAAUGGAGGUAAACUACUGAAUGCCCAGGGCAUAACCACCUACACCAAAAGGGAGCUGAAGAAGAUAACUAAUGGCUACAGCAAACGCCUUGGAGGAGGGCACUUUGGCAAUGUUUACGAGGGCACCAUCGUCGACGGCAGAAAGGUCGCCGUCAAAUGUCCUUUGCGGACAAGGGUGUCGUCGCACCGCUGCCAUUGGAAGAAUUUGAUUCGACCUCGCCGUGUACCGCUACCGCAACAGAGGGUGGAGGAAGAUGGGUCGUUCAUGAACGAGAUCAGGUUCCAGUUCGAAGUCAGUCGUCACAAGAACUUGGUCCAGCUCCUGGGAUGCUGCCUAGAGACCGACAUUCCGAUCCUAGUCUUCGAGUUUGUCGCCAAUGGAAGCCUGGAGGACAUACUUCAUAGUGCCAAGAAACCAUGUACCCUCUCGCUGCCGGAGCGGCUGGACAUCGCCAUUGGCUCCGCGGAAGCUAUCGCCUACAUGCACUCCCUUGACAAUCAAAAGCGUGUCCAUGGAGACAUCAAGCCUUCCAACAUCCUCCUUGACGAUGACCUCAAUCCAAAAGUCUCUGACUUUGGUUCCUCCAAGCUCCUGGCAAUCCAUAGCUACUACGUUAGGGCAGUGGCUGCAGAUAUAGGCUACAUGGACCCAUUAUAUAUGAAGACCGAGCACUUCACAUUGGAGUGCGAUGUCUACAGCUUCGGCGUGGUGCUUCUGGAGCUCAUCACGAGGAGAAGGGCCAGCUGGUAUGAACAAGAUCACCAAGGGAACAAGAUCCUCCCCAUCGAGUUCGUCAAGUGCUUCAAGGACCACGGUAGCGGAUGUGCGAUGUAUGAUAGCAGACUUGAUUUCUCAGCUGGCGAGGAUGCUCAAUCUCGAUGCAACAAGCGUUGCCUCGACAUGAUUGGCAUGUUGGCCGUCCGAUGCCUCAAGGAAGACAAGAGGGAGAGGCCAACCAUGGCAGAGGUUGUCGAGGAGCUUAAGCGAGUGAAGGUACUACUGCUGGGUACACAUAUAUAAAAUAAUGGCCUGCAGCAAUCAAGCGAGUUCGAAGCACGCAGAUGAAUGGAAGCGAAGCAAGCAAUAAGAAUGGUCGGUCAGCACAUGUGAAGCGCUGAACAUGGCGGCGGUACUGAUACAAGCAAUAAUAAGGGUUCCUCAACUCAAAUAAAUAUACAUGAUUUAUUCUCUUCCAAUAAAACAGCAAUGUCUAUCUGU